AUAUACACGCCCUCCACCCCCAUCGCUGCAGUGUCUCAACUGCCUUGGAGCAAACAAGAGAGGAUAUAGAACACAGACGUUAAUAAGACAGAGAAAGAGGGGCGCUGAAAGAGAGAGAGAGAGAGAGAUGUACGUGAGUGUGUGUGACCCUGUGAAUAUGAGGAAGACAUGAAAAUGAAGCAGCAGGACUAAAGGUGGAUUGCACAGAGCCUUUCUCUCCCUGCAAGGGCUUGUCUGCAGUGUCCUUUAUAAAUGGAUGCUGGCUUGUGAACACGCAGACUCAGAGGCCUUCAGUUGUCGGGAAGAUAUCACACCGCAGAAGAAGCAAAAAAGAUUUUAUCAAGAAUAUCAAGCAAAACAGGCCAAAUAUCGAACUGAGGUGGAUGGUUGCAAGAGCCAAGCAAGGGCAACGUACCACAAGAGCCAUGUGGGAGGAGUGUGAGGGAGUUUUGCUAUUUGCACGCAUCAUGCCCAAACACUUUCUCUACUGACAAAGCUGAACGUUCCCCAGCCUUCCUCCAGAGCUUUUCCUCAGGGGGAGCCCCUGCUAUGAACCCCAGCUCCCUUGGCUUCAGCAGGCAGUCCAACCUCAGAGCCAGGCGCUGUGUGGGCAUCCCACAAGUCUGGGUUCUGCCCACACAGGACUCACAGACUGCCCCUGAACAAAAAGAAUGAAAUACUCCUGAGUCACUCCUCUGUGUGGUGGCUCUCCUGUCUAGUGUUAAAUUGGUCUGUUGUGAAGUUUUGUCUGCCUCUUCCCCAGCAAGUUUCUACCUUCAGUGAGAACCCUCUCCAACUCCUCCACCGAGUCCUUUUCGGUCACCACUUCGUUAUAAUUUGCUUUCCCAUCAAACAGCAGCACGAGUUCCUUUUUGCUCACCACGUGGUGGAGGACCAUGGGAUGCCGUCAGAGCUCGGAGGAGAAGGAAGCGGCGCGGCGCUCUCGGCGAAUCGACCGCCACUUGCGGUCAGAGAGCCAGCGGCAGCGGCGUGAAAUCAAGCUACUGUUGCUGGGCACCAGCAACUCGGGCAAGAGCACCAUAGUCAAACAGAUGAAGAUCAUCCACAGUGGAGGCUUCAACCUGGACGCCUGCAAGGAGUACAAGCCCCUCAUCCUGUACAAUGCCAUUGACUCCCUCACCCGCAUCAUCCGUGCCCUCACCACCCUCAAGAUCGACUUUCACAAUCCUGAUCGCGCCUACGAUGCUGUGCAGCUCUUUGCCCUCACAGGGCCAGCUGAGAGCAAGGGGGAGAUCACUCCAGAGUUGCAGGGGGUCAUGAAACGUCUGUGGGCUGACUCAGGGGUCCAGGAGUGCUUUCAACGAUCCAAUGAGUACCACUUAGAGGACAACACUGCCUACUACCUGAAUGACCUGGACCGCAUCUCUGCAGCUGAAUACAUCCCUACUGUAGAGGACAUCCUGCGAUCCCGUGACAUGACCACUGGCAUUGUGGAGAACAAGUUCACCUUCAAGGAGCUCACCUUCAAGAUGGUAGAUGUGGGUGGACAACGCUCGGAGAGAAAGAAAUGGAUCCACUGCUUCGAGGGUGUGACUGCAAUCAUUUUCUGUGUCGAGCUAAGUGGCUAUGACCUCAAACUCUACGAGGACAACCAGACGAGCCGCAUGGCCGAGAGCUUGCGCCUGUUUGACUCCAUCUGCAACAACAACUGGUUCACCAACUCUCCUGCUUCUGACCCACAGAAGCUCAUCGCUAUCCUCUCCUCUCGUCUCAGCGCUCCUCCUUCUCCUUCCACGGAGAUGGUGAUGACAGCAGAGGCUCAUCUUCCAGGCUACCCUCUGGUCACUGUCUCCUCCUCUGACCCCUCUAACAUGAGCUUAAUGUUUCCCCUCAACCCAUCCUUAAUGAAGUCCUAA